GGACAAAUCGCACUGAAGGAGGUUGAAAAGGGAGAUCUUGAGAUCUACGGACUCGCCCUCGUUUCAUCACUGCACAUACAUACAUAGCCAGGACAUUACACUAUAAUGGCAGAAGAUGCAGAACUGGAAGAAAUCCGGCAGCGGCGCAUGCAGCAGCUCAUGUCCCAAUAUGGUGGCCAGGGUGGGGCGGGCGCUGGUGGGCUGACGCCAGAGGCACAGCAGGAGCAGGAAGAGGCGCGGCAGCAGAGUGAGGAGCGGCGUGCCGCUAUGCUGGUGCAGGUCUUGCAGCCCCAGGCCCGGGAGCGCUUGGCGCGGAUAGCACUGGUCAAGCCUGACAAGGCGCGGGGUGUGGAGAAUCUGGUACUUCAGAUGGCACAGAGAGGGCAGAUCACAGAGAAGGUUUCAGAAGAUAAGUUGAUUGGACUGCUGGAGCAGAUAAAUACCCAGGCAUCCAGCAGGUCACAAACGAAAGUGACCAUACAGCGGCGAAGAACAGCAUGGGAUGAUGAAGACUGAUACUUGAUUGUGGCUGUUUCAAAUGUACACCUUUUACUCGGCACAUGCAUGCCAUUGUAUCAAUACCAAGGAUUGCUGAGCAUUAAAUCAUUGCUCAGGUUGCUUUCUGGAAGUUUACACUUUGAUAAAUCAACUUAUGAACUGCAAGUGCAAUAAACU